AAAUUUGAGCAAUUGAAUAUGGAUUUCUUUAACAAGUGUAUGGAGCCAGUCGAGAAGUGUUUGAAGGAUGCCAAUAUGGAAGUAAGCAGUGUCCAUGAUGUUGUUCUUGCCGGUGGAUCUUCUAGAAUUCCCAAAGUGCAGGAACUGUUGCAGGAUGUGUUCAAGGGGAAGCAGUUGUGCAAGAGUAUCAAUCCGGAUGAGGCAAUUGCGUAUGGUGCCGCUGUUCAAGCUGCAGUCUUGAGUGGGAAUGGAAAUGGGAAGCUUCAGGACUUCACUGAGGAUGUCACCCCUUUAUCACUUGGAUUUGAGUGUCUUGAACGUGGUAGUUCCAAGUUAUUCAUGAACAUUGUGAUUCCAAGAAAUUCUAGAAUUCCAGUCAUGAAGAAAACUAGUGUAACUACCGUUUAUGACAAUCAAGAUUUGGUGGACUUUGCUGUUUAUGAGGGUGAAAGCUGCAUAGCUAAAAACAAUAACUUUUUGGCUAAAUUUACCCUCGAUGGUAUUCCUCCAGCACCGAAAAAUGUUCCUUCAUUUGAAGUUUGUUUCAAUAUUGAUGCCAAUGGUAUCCUGAAUGUCUCUGCCGAAGACAAGUCCACCGGCCAAAAGAAAGGGAUUACAAUCAAGAGUGACAGUGACAUUCGAAAUUUUGAAGGAAUUGAGAAAGUGAACUGAAGACGUUAUGAUGAAUUUUGGUAGGCUGGAUCAGAUUGGAACAUUAGUAUUGGUAUUAACGAUCAAUUAGUUGAAUGAGGCGUUGUUAGAGUUUUCAUUUUGCAUUCCGAUGUUAAAUCCUUAUUAUGAUGAAUUUUGAUGAAGUUUUAAUAGACUUUCAUAAAUUCUAUAUGUAUGAUUUGUGUAAAUUUCUUCAAAAUCUCAUAGGGAUGAAUUCGAAGA